CGGCGCGUGGGUUCGAAAGGCGCGCGCAGUGCCGGGACCUGGGUGAUUGCGGGUGCGAGAGCACAGAACCCAAGGGCACCAUGCGCAGCUCAAGGCUCUACACGUUGGUCCUGGUGCUGCAGCCUCAGCGAGUCCUCCUGGGCAUGAAGAAACGAGGCUUCGGGGCCGGCCGGUGGAACGGCUUCGGGGGCAAAGUUCAAGAAGGAGAGACCGUGGAGGAUGGGGCCAAGAGGGAGCUGCAGGAGGAGAGUGGUCUGACCGUGGACACGCUGCACAAGGUGGGCCAGAUCACGUUUGAGUUCACAGGUGACCCCGAGCUGAUGGACGUGCACGUCUUCUACACNCCAGGCCUCACUGUGACCCACCCAGAGUGGUGCCGGCCACCGCGCACACCCCAGGCGGCCCCGGCCUUGCUCCCCGAGAGGGAGGGGAGCCACGGCUACCUGGACCCCCGGCCCCGCCACAGGGGGCGUCAGCCCGACACGCAGGUGCUCGGGGUGGGGGCGGGCACCGACUGA